UUUGUUGCUAUUUCAGCAUUCUUAUUGUCGCUCCAGUCAUCAAAUUCUUUGAAUCUCAUCUAUCCUAAUGACUACAUUGGCCGAUUUGCAUAGGUUGCGAGAGGCUCAUACAGCAGCAAAUGCAAACAAAGAUGGUAUUUUACCUUUGGAUGAAGUGGAUAAAAAUGCUCAAGAAGCGUUAAAUCAAUUGGAACUACGUAAAAAGGCUCGUUUAAUACAAGUAUCUACAGAAGACUCUGAAGUGAGAGCUUAUCUUCGCCAACUUGGUGAACCUGUCUGUUUAUUUGGUGAAGAUGGAGCAGACCGAAGAGAAAGACUACGGAUGAUUCUCGCAGUGAGCGGUGGUCCAGCUCAAAGACCAACUUUGACGGAUACAGUAAAAUCAUCGACUGGGACUGGUAUAUCUGUUAAUCGAUUUGGUGAAAAUAUUUCUACUGAGACUGUCGGAGAUGAUACUACAGUGUGGUACCAUCAAGGUCCAAAUACUCUUGCAGAGGCUCGUCUAUGGAUUAGUGAAUUUUCUUUAACCCGAGCUAAAGUUCGACUUGAUAGAGCUAGAAAUUAUUUCAAUAAUGUUCCAGCACCUCAACGUAAAGCUAAACUUCAAGAAUAUCAUAAGGUUUUGCGAAACACAAAUUUACUAUGCAGUCAAGUUGGAGAUAUUCGACCAUUAAGUAUGUGUCGCUUUUCACCUGAUGGUAAACAAUUGGCUACGUCUUCUUGGAGUGGUCUAUGUCGUUUAUGGUCUAUACCUGAUUGUAAUUUAGUUAUGAAUUUACGUGGACAUACUGCACCAACUUGUGCUAUUGUUUGGCAUCCUCAAGCUGGUCUCCAGUCGGAACAACAAUUAGCACUUGCCAGUUCAGCUCAAGACGGAAGCGUUAAACUAUGGAGUUUAGAUAAUGAAGAACCUUUGGCCGAUAUCGAAGGUCACGCACCUCAUCGAGUAUCCCGCUUAGCUUUCCAUCCUUCUGGACGCUUCCUAGCAACUACGUGCUUCGACCACUCGUGGCGCUUAUGGGAUUUAGAGGCUUGUGAAGAAAUUUUACAUCAGGAAGGUCAUUCUAAGCCGGUAUAUGAUGUAGUUUUCCACCCUGAUGGCUCCUUAGCUCUAACCACUGGUUUAGAUGGAUAUGCUCGUGUUUGGGACUUACGAACAGGCCGUUGCAUCAUGUUCCUAGAAGGUCACCUUGAAGAGUUGUUGGGUGCAGAUGUAGCUGAUAAUGGUUAUCAUGCAGCCACUUCUAGUGCAGAUAACACUGUUCGUAUUUGGGAUUUACGACAACAACAAGCAAUCUAUGUAAUACCAGCUCACACAAGUGUUGUAAGCAGCGUGCGAUUCGAAUGUAAGUUGAUUAUUUCAGAGGAAUUUCUGGCAGUAUUGCUGGCCAACUUCCAGAUAAUUGUAGGAUGAGCAUUUCGUAGGUAUGAAUUUAUUUGAUCAAAUUGAUUGCUCUAUCACAUUACUAAUACUAGGUCGCGUAAUUAUAGUUCGAAAAAGCUAUUCACUCACUUUUUCCUGACCAUAGCUAUUUAUAUGUGAAAUUAUUUAUGGAUGAAACCGGAAAUAUUUGUUUUUGACUAGAUCGACGAGAAUGCAGUUCACUAACUUCUCACAAGUUUAUGCACUAGGAUAAACUCUACUUGCUUUUCCAAGGUUGUCGAUACUACUCAGUUCCAUUACGGUUUUAACUUGUUGAGUCGCGAUUUCUGAGAAAAGUUGUGAUCUGAAAGCCGAAUAUCAUGCUUUCUACUUUUGUUCUAUUCACAGCACGCAACUGCAACUAUAUUGUUACCAGUUCGUUUGACAAAACAACCAAAAUUUGGGGUCAUCCUAUCUGGACACCUAUCAAAACCCUCGAAGGACAUAACAGUAAAGUUGUUUAUGCAGAUAUUUCACCAGACAAUAAGUACAUUGCAACCUGUUCCCACGACCUAACUUAUAAACUGUGGAGUAGAGAAGCAAAUUGAUCCUCAUUGUUACAACAUAUGUUAAUAAUAUUUCUAUAAUACAUUGUAAAAUAAUUCAAUUAUA